CGUCUCCGCCGUCUUCUUCUAGCGUGGGAACUUCGUACUCCGUCAUUCGUCUCCUCCGUCUCCUCCUCGGUGGUUUGUCUUUUCGUCUCCUCCGACUCCGUUCAGCGUGUCUUCGUCUCGUUCUUAUAUGGCUCGCGUGAAAGGUAGAGAUAACAGGGUAUAUGAAUCAACAGAAGGGUCUCCAGAAGGGGCUGCAAAUCCGGAUCCAACAAAAGCUUCGACGGACGCUUCAGUUCCAACAGAAGCUUCGACGGACGCCGCAGUUCCAAAAGAUGCUCCGACGGAUGCCGCUUCUCCAACAGAAGCUCCAAUGGAUGCCGCUGUUCUUCCAACAGAAGAACCGACGGAUGCCGCUGUAAUUGUUCCAACAGUGGAAUCCGCAGAAGUAACCACCGAAGAAUUAGAAGUUUCUUCGGUUCCGGAAUUGUCUGAUAAAGAAGAGAAAGAAGAAGCCAGUGAGUCAAAGGAAGAAGAAGUCGGUGAGCAUGAUAAAGAAGUCUGUGAGUUGUCAAUUGAUGGUCAGGGUUGUGAUAACGAGGAAGAAGAGAGAGUUAGUGAUGCUGAGGGUGAAGAUGUUGCUGGUGAUAAUGAGGAGGAAGAUGUUGCUGGUGUUGUUAAGAAUAUAGUUGAUGAUAUUGCUGCUGAGGAAGAGGAAGAGGAGAGGGUUAAUGAUGUUGCAGCUGAUACAGAUGAGGAUGAUGAUGAUGAGGAAUCCCAACCACUGCCGCCAGAGAGCAUGUACUUUAGUCCAACUGAGUACAACAAGGUAUUGCCUAUAAGGUACUCCUUGAAAGAGCAUGCUUUGUUGACCGGGUUGGACUGCCAUGAGUACCCAAAGAAUCAUGAGAAGAAGGGUAGUUUGAGGUUUGUCAGGAGGAUGUUUGGGAGGACAGACCUAAUCAAAAUCAAAGAUGUAGAAAAGAAGUUGGCAGCUAUUAAGAGUGAGAAGUGUUUGGAUAGGAAGAAGUUGAUUAUUUUGUUGUUUUUAUGUGCGGUUGUGAAGGCUGAUUCUAAGGGUGAUGGGAACAUAGAGAAAUUCCUGUUAAGGAUUGUUGAUGACGUUCAUGCUUGUGAGACAUUCCCGUGGGGAAGGUAUUCUUUUGAGCAAUGUAUGACAGGGAUCCGGAGAAUGAUGAAAAACAUGAAAGGUUCGGUGAAACCAAAAGCACAGAGCAGCUUUUUUGGUUUCAUCACUCCUCUUGAGAUUUUUGCAUUUGAGUGCAUACCACAGCUUGGAAGGCGAUUCAGAGAAGCUGUUCCCGCAGCUAAUGACUGUCCAAGAAUGUGCAAAUCUAAAUUCACUGACAGUUGCAUGAAGGGCUUUACCUUGGAUGAAAUAAACCAAGCCCUUGGUGAAAUUAAGGAUAUCUCAAGCAUCUUGGAACCUGAUAUGGAUGAGAAAGAGAUGUUGUCUGGCCUUGUUGAGAAAGAUGUUGAUGAAGGGAUGGGAUUUAUUGAUCCAGUUGUUGAAGGUUGGAGAGAGCAGCUGAUCAGAAAGAAGAAGAAAAUCUGGUGGAAAAGUCUAUACCAGAUGGACUUGCAGGCUCGGGGUUUUGGUGAUGUUGUCCCUGAAGUGGCUGAGAGGCUUGGUGAUGUUAAAGAAAGUGAUGGUGAAGUCCCUGAGAGGCUUGGUGAUAUCCUCUCAUUACAGUCAGCUGUGGACAAAGGAUUUGCGAAGAUCAUGGAGAAGUUGUCUGAGAUGGAUAGCAAAGUGAGUAUGCUGGAUGGGAGAGUGAAAGACUUAGAGGGUUAUGUGUCAGUCCAGCGAGGGAAAGAGCGGUACAAUGAGUAUCAUCCAGGGACUUCAAGUGAUUUUGUGCCAACCUAUUGUACACCAACUGCUAAUCAACCAAUAGCGAGUCCGACAAAGGCUUUGGUCCUUCACAGUGGUUUCACAGACCCUAAGCCAAUCCAAAUUCAAGAAUUGAGUGAUGAAGGUGAUCAGGAGCAGCUGGCUAGGAAAGAGAAGGAGAACAAGAAGAAGAAAGCAGUGAGGCCGAAGCAUAGUGGCCCUACAAUCCAGACCGGGAAAAAGAGACAAAGGAAGGCUUCCAGGUUUCAGGCUGAAGAGUUUACAGCAGAGGGGAAGGGGAAGGGGAAGAAGCGGCAGAAGAAAUAGGUGAUCUUUAUGAGAGAUCACUCUUUAUGAUGGGUUGCUUUUGUGUAGGACAAAACUUAUAUUUUCUGAGUAUUUUGCAGUUAUCUUCUAUUAGGAUUCAAAACAUUGUACUAUCUUUUGGUUGUGUUGUGGUUUAGGUGCAUUUUAUGUAUUUGGGGUUUAUGAUGAAUCAGACAUUAUAUUUUAAAAAAUUAUGCAUCUGGUC